CGAGAGGAAGAUGAUCUUCAUGGACAGAAUCAACGUUUCAGUGGGCGAACAUCAAUGAAACCUGAUGCUUUAGACUCUGGUGACUUCAGCCUCAGUCUGAAAAAUCCUCACUCCUCUGACAGUGGAACCUACACCUGCAGCAUGAACGAUGAUAGGGAAGAAAUACGACUAGCAGAUGUUCAACUGGAGGUCAGAGUUCAACAGGUAGAGGUAAAGGUGGAAGAGGGAGUGGAGUUUGCCAUUCUGCCCUGUAAAACAACAGCUUAUCUGGAGGAGGAUGCCACUGUGGAGUGGACCCGCUCUGAACCAGAAUUCAUGGUCGCCUAUGUGUAUCAGAAUUACAGCAACAAAGUUAAAGAACAGCACAAGUUUUACUGUGAACGUACAGAAAUGAGCAAAGAGAAAGUUAAAGUUGGAGACCUCAGUUUGACCCUCAAAUACCCGACAGAGAGAGACACAGGAGUCUAUAUCUGCACCAUCUACAGGAAAGGGGACAUCGUCAGACAGAAAGUCAUUCUUCAUCUUCUCAAAGAGAUAUUUUCAUCAUGGGCCAAAGCUUUCCUUAUUCUUCUCAUCAUCCUACUUGUUUUUGGAGGCCUUUUAUUUCACUUCAGGCAAUAUCUCCAGUCAGUCUACAAACUGGAGAUAAAUUCAGGACUGGAGUCUGUUACGCUGCCCUGUAAAUCCAUAGUUUGUCUGCCUAAAGAUGUCACCAUAACAUGGAGAAACAACAAAAAACAUGUUGUCCACAUGCAUCAGGGCAAUUCUAAAAAGAUUGAAGAACAACACAGGCGGUACAAAGACCGAACACAGAUGAAGGAAAGUUUUAAACUUGGAGACUUCAGUUUGAUCCUAAAGAACCCCACAGACAAAGACACUGACAUCUACACCUGCACCAUCUCCAACAUCUCAGAAGAUAUCCUGAUCAAGAAACAAGUGCUGCUCGAUGUCAGAGAUCCCUACACUCCGCAAAGUGCGGAGUGCAUUCCCCCGUCCUGCCCCCUCUGCUGGAUGGUGCUGUGGUCUGCCAGCUUGUGCUCUGUGGACUUGGCGGACUUGGCUGGUGCCCGGCUGGUGCUCGGUGUUUUGGGGGUGGAUGCCCAGGCUUAUUCCUGGCGGCUGCUUCGCCGGGCCUGGUCUGCCGGUCUGCCAGGGCCUGGUCUGGACUCGCUGGGGAGCGGGUCACCCCUUGGGCCUUGGGUCCCCAGGGCCCAUGAAAGACCCCGGGCCGGGAAUCCAAUCCAGAAUCCUUACUGCUGCCAGCAGUGCUACCCACAGGCCCUCUCUGGAGCUGACUCUUUCAUCAUAGCCAUAGACAUCGGUUCAGCAUACACUGGCUAUGCUUUCUAUGUCAAUCCCCAAAAUGAAGGAGGUGAGACCCAGAUAAAGAGAUGGGGUAAGGAACUGGGACUGGACUCCCCAAAGGCUCCAACCUGCAUCCUGUUGGAUGAACAAUCCAGGAGGGACAACGCCCCCAGAGUUCCUAGAGAGCAAGCGGAGCCGGUGCCAUCCGACGCCGAGCAGCAACAGAGUCCAGAAGUGAAAUCCAAGGACGAUGUCAGAAGACAGUUCCAGGUUCAGAAGCCGGUAGAAUCCAGGAUCAGAUACGACAACCAGAGCAGACAGGGGCAAGGUUCUUUAAAGCCCAAAGAGAGCAUGCUCAAGCUGGAGCCGGUUGGACCUGGAGUUGUUCUGUAUAAUGACAGUUAA